AGUGAGAAGGACGCAAAUAAAUUUGUCACUCUCUCCGAAUGUGUAAUACUGACCAGUUCAACCUUCUCAUCGAAAAACUGAAAGAUAAUCCUGUAGAAGAGAUCAGAUGUCGUACUUUAGCCAAUAUUCAGUCGAAAUUAAAUCGAGGUUUAUUGCCAUCAGAUAAGAAAUUUCUGUCGAAACUUGUUAAAGUACUGCUGUUCUCUUUGGAGCAGAGUCCAUCUUUUGAAACCAAUCGCAUAUUUACGAUACUCAAAAAACUGCUUCUGAAUCCCGAAACCAAAACACUUUUAGCAUUAGCUGGAGGAUGUUCUGUGCUCACAAAGAUGCGUAAUUCGACAUCAAACAGUGAAUUAAAAAGGGAUAUUGAUGACAUAUGCGUUUUGAUUACUGAGGAUCCGUCCUUAAUUGAAACAACCAGAGAUUUCAAGAAUAAUACUCUAAAAGGAAUACAGGAAUACAGUGAUCUAAAUUCUACUGAAUCCAAUUUUGUAAUGCCUACUUCACCAGAUUUCUCGCAAACUCGUAAAGGAAGUCAUUUCUUAUAUUUUCCCAUUGUCGUGCUUACAAAAGACGAUGUCGGUGUUCUAUGCACAACUUUAAAAUCUCUCUGUUCAAAGGAACCUAAUAUUUGUAUUUCUGGUAUUCGCUUUCUCCAUGAUGUUGUACUUAAAGACUUCCCAGCCGAAUUAUUUCUUCAAAGAACUGAUUUCAUAGAGAAUCUUUUUCGAAUUUUAAAUGAAAAGAAUUUGGAGAUCGUUUAUUCAGCUACCAGUUGUUUGAUUAGCCUUUGUCGUGCUCUUAUCACAAGAAUUUAUUAUCACUUGGAUCCUAACAAUUACGUAUAUUCAAGUCAAACUGGUGACCGGAUGCCGUCCUCUGGCCCUUCGGGAACACAUGAAACUGAGCAAACAUUUUUUACGUUCAUCAAUGACUCAACACAACCCAGAGUUUGUGGAUCUACCACUCCAGGAACAAGAGUUCGAUAUUCCGACGAAGACGUACAGAAACAGUCUUAUUCAAUGCUAGACUUUUGCUUCCAGUUAUUCAACGUAAUAGGUAGUGGGUUAUUAACAGUCCUAGAUUAUCGUAACCAAUCGACAAAACAAAAUGCCUGUAAGACAUCACACAUCAAUACAAGUUGUAGUAAGCAUGACUGGGAAUACAAAUUGGAGUCUAAUUUUCUACUCCUUCUCGAUGUUGGGAUCAAUUUGUUACUGACUAGUUUAUCUCCUCAUCGUUAUACAAAUCAAUAUGACAAGUUUUGUCAAAAGAAUCAAACAAGCGACCCUAUGUCAUUUAUCAACGCAGUAUUCCUAAUUGUUCCUCCUGCUGUCGACCUUAUUAAAUCUUCUGAAUCGCCACCUGACUUUUAUACAUGUAUGGAACAGUUAGGUUCGGUUUUGUCCGUUUAUUCAACCAAUCAAGUUCAUGAUAAUGCAACAAUCAUGGAAUCUCUCAUAAGUUGGAAUACUUUUGAGAUGGUCAACUAUAUUAAUAAAGCUAAUUUACCCGGUGAAUGUGAACGACAAACUUAUUUUGGUUUGAUUACUAAAAUAUUUCAAUUGAUUAGCUCUUUAUUCACUCCAGAAACGGCAUUGGCCGUUCUUCCCACCAAUGUUAAAAACCAGUUAUCUGUUGCUCUGUUGGACAUGUCAUUACUAAUUAACCCAGAACCUAGAAACGAAUCACAAAAAAUUGGACUACCAGCCUAUGUAGCUUUAUUCAACUUUACAAUUUACACAACUUGGUUACUUUUACAACAACUUCAAACAUCUAUUUUUCAUUUGAUUGAUUUUCUUGAUAUCAGUGAAAUUUCACUUUUAUCUACUUCUAAUGACAAGAUUAAUGAAACCAAUUUGAAUUUAGCUGUGGAUGCUGUGAACUCACUUGAAAUCACCGGAUCAACUCGUUUCGCUUCUAACUUUGUAGAGUUUCUGAGUCAAUUCUAUGUAAAACAUCAAAAUACAUCAUCAACUGUUUUAUGGCGUGGUCAACUUGUCUUACUUCGGUUACUUAGCCAUGAGUUGGUAGCUAUUCGCAAGGCUACAUAUUCUCAAAUACUUAAACUGCUGAAAGUUGCUAUUCAUCCAAAUUUUGCUGCAAAUCCAUCUUCUUCUUUGGAUACUGUUAAUUUUCUUCUGGAAGAUGAGAUUCUAUGUGAAUGGAUUAAUUUUGGUUUGAAAGAUGAAAAUCCAGAAGUAGCUUCAUUAGCUUGUGAAGGAUUCGCUUUAUUGUUAAAUUCAUAUGAAUAUAUAAGUGAUACGGGAUGGAAAAAAUUACACCAUCUAUUAAUUGAACCAGCUUCACCCAGUCCAUCGAUAAAAGUAUUCAGACCACUUACUAUUUCUUUGGGUCCAUUUGCUUUUAAAGAACCUCAAACAACAGAUUUGAAAUUAAAUACUCUUGGUAGUGUCGCGCUAGACUGGUGUUUGGGUCUUAUGAGUCCUUUAGGGAGACAGAAGAUAGAAGAACAAAAUUUGGAUAAGCACAGUUUGAUGAACAUUUUAACGUCAUGUUGUCGUCUGUUAUUGCAUCCUAUUAAUGAAGUACGUUCUGAAGCUGCUGUUGUCAUUAAUUGGUGUUUACAGUUUCAUUGGAGAAAUCUAACAUGUAGACCUAAUUCUACCAUACUGAAUGAACAAAAUAUGAAUAAUAUAUCAUCAACUUUGCAUAACUGUCAUGUAGUUACUGAGAAUGGUAUUCAAGUAGGCAGUGAAUCAAGCCAAAACAAUAUUUAUAAACCAGAUACACCAGUUCUUUGCUUUAAUUCUAGCUCAUGUUCUGAACGUUUACGAAGUCAAUUAAUGACACAAUUCAAUUCGAAACCGCUUCCACUUAUUUUGAAUCGUGAACAAAUCACAUCAUUAGAUUUUGGAAAUAAAUUAUUAGAACCGAUUGAGUGUUUAAUUCAAAUGAUGAAGCUUUUAGCGGAUGAUCAGAUAAAUCUGACGGCUAGAAAAGCAGCUAUUGAACAAGUGAUCAUAUUUAUUCGACGUCCUGUACUAUUAUCAGCUUGGCGUGUACAUCACGGACCUGAGUUUCUAGUUAGUUGGUUUAAUCAAGUUGCAAAUGAAUUACUAUUGUUGUCAAUUCAAAAAAAUCCAUCGGAAAUAAAUAUUUCCAAUCCAACAAACAAUCCAAACUCAUCUAUUACUUUGUUAUUACCUUAUAUGGUUCAUUUAGCUUGUUUGACUGCCAUAUGGGAUACAUCAACACGUAUUAUUUUUUCUUGGGAACCAGAUUUCUUAUGCAGCAUAAUUUAUUUAAUGAGCGUAUUUCCUGGUUCGGAAACGUUACAUCGAGAUUUUGUUGAUCUAAUUACUUUGAUCGCUUUCACUCCAGUUAUUCAAGUUUCAAACGAAAGUCCUAUUUGUUUACCUCAAGAAGUUGUAGCUGGCUAUCAAUUACCGUUUACAUGCCCAAUUUAUUCGUUUCGCUCAAAAUUGCGUGAUCCUAAUGGGAAUGAACUAGUUGGGCGUUUUCAGCCUCUUUUCAAAUUAGCCAACUGUACAAGUGAAGAUCAAAAUACAAACGUUUUUUGUAGUGUAAUGAGACGAAAUUUCAAAUUUAUUUGGGCUUUUGCUUGCCAUAAAGGUCUAUCUAAUUUUAUUUCUCAUACUUUGUUUAUGAUCGAUUCUAUUCCGAAUUCGACCUCAGUUGAUCCGUGUAGUGUGGAUAUGUGUCUAAAAAGAGCAUGUGAAUAUAGUCCUCUCCUCAGUCAAUUUUCAUUAUCUUGUUUGGAUGUUACUCUACUACUUGUCAGUCAUCCAGCCUCAAGUUUUUUACUCAGUUUAUCAUGUAUUCGUCGUGCUUCUAAUCAUUCCCAUUUACUAGAAUCGCUAGGAUUUUUAUAUCGAUCUCUAUCAGCUCAUAAAACACAAUAUUAUCAAUGUCAAGAUAUCAAUAAUCAUUAUUCAUCAAAUAAUGUAAAUCAAAUUAUGGAGUCUAACAAGUCUAAAGAUUGUUGGUGGAUCUAUGCACAACUUGAUCGAUUUAUGUCUACUUUACCAUCUUGUUCAUCUGAUUAUAAUCUACUUGCUUCAUUAUUGUGUGCUCUUCAUGAAGUUGGACUUCAUUUAAUUCCGUUCAGUUUAAAUUACUUUACAAAUUCAUCUAAAGAAUAUAUGUGCGAUUGGUUGAUGUUUCUAAUAGGGGAUCCACAAGGCCCCUUGAGUUAUUGUCUUCUGCAACCGAAAGCUGGAGUUGGUGAAACAGACAGUCCACGAUUAGUAUCUGCUAAAAAACACCUAAUUUAUCAUACUUUGCCCUGUUUAUUAAGUGAUUUGUUUAAUACGAUUGGUAAAUUGAACAAUAUUAUAGAAGAUAAAAAUUUCAAUAGUAUACUCACAAAGUAUUCUGAAUCACAAUUACAUAAUAUAUGUGAUUUCAAAGUGUAUGAAGUUUGUUUUCAAUGGGCUUGUAAUACUUUAAAAGAAUUUAUUGUUUCUCCAUUCUCUGAUCUAGUCCGACUAAAUCUAUUGGCUAGUAUAUUGGCUCAAUUAACUUCACCUAAAUUUCAAGAAAUCGUUCACAUUUUAAAUGAUGGUGAAAUUAUUGGACGUUUAAUUAAUCAUGUAUCAAUAUUACUUUCAGCAUUUAUUCAACAGCCUAAUCAUCAAGCUAAUUAUUCAUAUAUUGGGUCAUCUAAUAUUGUUUUAUUUCUAACUGUAAUAAAUAAUUUAAUUCAUACACUAUCUGUUCAACCAUUUAUUCAACAAUUAGAUUUAAAUGAUGUCCUACUAGAUAGUAAUAGAAAUAAUAGCAAUAAUAAUAGUGAUAAUAUGAAUAAUUUUCAUAAAUAUUUAUCUUGGAUUGAUGAAGAGUGGAUUUUGAAAAGCUUAACCUAUCGCCAAAUAGAGGUUCGGGCUCUAGCUUUGUCGAUUCUUAGUCGUAUAUGCUUAGUUCCUAUUUGGUUACAACGUUUGCUGACGCGCAAUAUUUCUACAGAAACACGCACACUUUUGUCUGCUCAUUCACUUGAAUGGUCAUCUCCAGGUGCUAUUUGGGAGGUGGCUUUCCAUUUUCUGAUGGAUUCAUCUGAAUCUUGCUGGGUUCGCAUAAUGGCUGCACAGCUACUUAUUAAUUUGACAGCUCUGCCUUUAAAUCCAAGGGAUUCGGUGAUGUUUUUCCCUCCAGCGAUAAAUGAAUUUACGUCAGGCUGCUUAGAAAAAACUAAUCUGUGCGAUAAAUUUCAGUUUUCACGUAUUCCAUUCAAUUCAGCCACUUUACGAAGUCGAACAAUAAAUAAUAUUGGAUAUAAUAUUCAUGAUUCUAAUGAGCCUAUUUUAGAGUUGCAGGAUAUUCUCAAUUCAGAUCAAUCUUCUCAACAGCUAAGAGAUAACAUUACACAGCUUAUGGAUGUUUUAAAACCAUGGACUGAUGAAUUGUUUACUCUAGAGAACAUGAUGAGCAGUAUAGAUCAUCAAAUGCAAUUCAUGCCAGUGCGUGUUUCAAAACCACCAAAGAAUAUUACUAUGCCUGUUUACUCAGACCUUAAUGCCAAUUUUUACCUCAUCGGGUUACCUGCAUUACACCAAUUAUUAGUUUCGAAAGACUUCUUUAACUAUCUUUGUCGUUUGGUCAUUUCACAUAUACCUCAAACAAUGUUCAGUUUAUCUCAAUGGCAACGACUUACCAUGCCAUCUCAAAGCAAUAUUGAAAAGACUUUACCUGGUACUAAUUUAACUAAUCUGCAAUCUUCAACAUUGAUGAAAACUGAAACAACACUUAAUAACAUACAGGAGGCGGUUACUUCAACGAUAACAACUACAGAAACAACUGGCACAAGUCAAUCUGUUAAUUUUCCAAAUAAUGCUAUAUCUAAUACUUCGUCAGCAUCUCAUAUUCCAUGCAUUUGUACACCUUCCCUUUUGAGUACAGUUAUUCACUUGCUUAUUAAUUUGAUGCAUCAUUUACCCAAAUUUAUUUUAAGUCAAUUGAAACUACAUCGUAUCAAUCCAUUAUUGAUGAAUAUAAUUGAUCCAAAUUUGUUACAAUGUGCUAUUCAACAAAGUACUAUUUCUUAUUCUAUUAUUAAUAACAAAAAUAUAAACUGCGAUCUAGCUAGAUCGUUCAUUUCAAAAAGCUCAUGCAACCAAUUAAUUCAAUGUUAUGCCAGUUGUAUACAUAUUUUACGUUGCCAAGCAGCAAUGAAUGAAGAAUGUCGUAUGAAUCUAAUUUCUGACUCUCUUUUUUUAACACGGAUAAUUAUAAUUUUAACUAUUUCGAUAAGCUACAUUGAUCUUAUGGCUCCUUUGUGGCAAGAAAUUUUUUCACUUUUGACCUGUUUAUUAAUUUAUUCGAACAAUGAAGAAACAAAAGGCUUAAAUUUACGCUUAAUUUUAAAACCUUUAGCUAAUGUGCUACCUAACUUCAUGGAUAUUAUUCUCACAUUUAUUGAUAGAGCUGAAUUAGAAAUAUCUAAAGAAUGUAAAUAUCGUCAUUCUAUAAAAUUCUGUGCUCACGCUCGUAUAGCAUUACAGUUGUUGGUGGUUAUUAUGUCACAUCAACGUCCAGUUUCUUUGAAUCCUGUACUUAAUCGUCUAGAGAAAGAAUACACGCUGGAUACGAUUAAAUCAAAACAUCCAAGUUCUGAUAAAUCAUUGAAUGAUAUUAUUUAUCUUACUAGACGUUUAGUUCAGUUAUCGAAUUCCAGUCAUUGUUUUUCACAGGAUGGAACAUCACCUAGAUUAUCAAGUCAUAACUCAAUUACAGUUAUAAUUAACUAUAGAAAAGCUAUUGAUAAUGCUUUACGUACUCUAAUUGGAAUAUGCCAUGCAAUCAAAAUAACUACUCUUGAAGAUGGCUUUCUAGAAGAGUCGAUUGCUAAAUUGCAACUUCUUCGAGCAAAAAUGGAACUAUGUUGUACUAAUAUUCAUGUAAAUUCAGAAUCUGACAGAUCAGCUUCUUGUGAUUCGAAACAAUCUUUAUCAAGUAGAGUAUCUGUAGAUCAAAAAGCUGAGCGUCGACAUCAAACAGUAUCUACAUGGCUAAAACUUUCGGAUGAAAUGAUCGCAAAUUUAGAAAUAUUACAUAAUCUUGUUUACAUGUGUCCGGAGGCUAGAAUGCGUGCUAUAGAAUCAGGAAUUAUUCAAGUGAUUAUAUGUAUUUGGCCUUUGGCUUUGCAAGAUUUACGAAUCCUACGUACAAUACUUGGUCUACUUACUAAUUUAACAGCUGACUGUCCACGAGCUUCUUCAGUUUUGGUUAAUCCUCCAAGUACAAUUAAAGUUAAUCCAUACAUAAUUUCUCAAUCGAAUCAGACUGCAGGCUCAAGUAACAUUCAAGGGGACAUAUCUAAAACAGACGAAGCUUCCAUUAUACUAUUCAAUGCAUCGAAUUCCUUGACAAUAAAUAGUUCUUUUAUUCAAUCAUUAUGUAAUUUAAUUCCAACUUACAAUCAAUUCAUAUUAACCGAAUCAAAUAAAAAAUGUAAUACAAGCACAUCAGGAAACAUUAGCAAAACAUAUCAAUUUAAUUGUUGUACCAAUAUUAUGGGUAAUAAACAAAGUACAAGUACACAUCAAGAAGAUAUAUAUAAGUUAAUCUUUCAAUUAUUAGCUAAUAUGGUAUGGGCAACAGAGACAAGAUCCUUUUUAUUAAAAUCUAAAAUCCUUAAUCACAUAUCAGAAUUGAACCCACGUACACUGAUCAAAAGUCGUCGUGGACAUUUUAUACUCACCCUUUGGCUACAAUUGAUCCUUAAUAUAUCAUUCACUAAAGAUGGACAACAUAUACUAUUUAAUCAACCGAAUUUACCCACAAUUUUGAUCAAUUGUAUAAAUCAUUGUAAACCUGAUAAUCGUGAGACAGCUUUAGUAAUCUUGCGGAAUUUAUGCACACACAGUAUUUUGAAAUCGAAAUUGUUAACUGCAAACUUGAACGUUAUCAAUUGUUUUCGUGAUAUAUUAUUGGAUUCUCAUUUGGACACGAAUUCAUUAUAUUCUAUUAGAGUUGUACUUAGUGCUAUUGAAGCUGCGAUUCAUAACAGUAAAAAAAUUCGUGUAUUUAUGAAAUCUAAUUCCUGUUUACGCCAUUUGACAAAUUUUUGGGAAUCAUAUCAAGUCAGAAAUGAAUUUUUAUCAGUUUUUCCAAGAGUUAAGUCCUUAAUAAUAAAAUUACAAGGAUAA